UAUAUAGUUGAUUCCUAAUCGGUUCAUUAAAGAUAACAAAAAAAAACCCUGCGAUUUCGAAAAACAUUAAAUCAUACCUUUUAAAAUCUUCGCCAUUAUUGUAAAGAAGCCGGUUACCGAUAAAGUAAUGUGAAGCAAGCCGCAAGAUCCAGAUCAGGUCGGAUAGGGAAAGGAAGAGACAGAAAGAAAGAUCAUCAGAAUUGCAUUUAAUUUUGUGGUUUUACAUUUUGAUUUAAAGAGGUACCUGUAUCUCAAGUAUGGGCAGGAAGAAGAAGAAGCAAAUGAAACCAUGGUGUUGGUAUUGCAACCGUGACUUUGAGGAAGAGAAAAUUCUUAUCCAACAUCAAAAGGCAAAACAUUUCAAGUGUCAUGUUUGCCAUAAAAAACUAUACACUGGACCUGGGUUGGCAAUUCACACAAUGCAGGUACACAAAGAGCCUAUUACUAUGAUACCCAAUUCAGUCACAGGACGGGGAGAUAUUGAGAUAGAAAUUUAUGGCAUGGAAGGUAUUCCAGAAAAAGAUAUUGAAGAAAAACGCAAACAAAUGAAAUCAAAAGCUAGAGAUGACAGUGACAGUGAUGAUGAUGAAACCGAAAGAAAGAAAUCAAAAAAUGCAAACCCAAUGAUGCCCAUACAUGGAAUGAUGCCCAUGAUAGGGAUGCCAGGGUUUGGAAUGCCAUUCCACCCAAAUAUGAUGCCACCCAUGGGCAUGAUGGGAAUGCAUGGAAUGGCACCAAUGCCAACUAUGCCUGGAAUGCCAGGAAUGCCACCAAUGGUACCAGGUAUGCCACCAAUGACAGGCAUGCCUCCUGUUCAACCUGUUUCGUCUGGAGCUCCUACAAGUGACAUAUCUUCAGUUGCUUCUCAACCACGCCCUCUGUUUCCGGCAGCUGCCUCUUCACAGAGCAAUGAUAAUAAAACUUCUGGUCCUGUUGGUGCAGAUUUUAAGCCGCUCAACACUCCGCAAACAGUUCCUCCCUCAUCUUCUCAAACAUCGAGCUACGUGGCUCCUACUGCUGCUGCGAUACCUUUACUGUCAGCAACCAGCAGAAUUAUCCAUCCGUCUGACGACAACUCACUAGAAGAGAUAAAAUCAAGUCUGCAAAAAUACCGAAAAGAAUCAAUUGAGCCCGUACCUUCACCGGUUCCUAAUUCAGGACCGCCCAAUCCUUUUGGACCUCCACCUAGUAUGCCGAACAUGCCUCCAGGCUCAUCUGCUCCUAUUCGGAUGCCUCCAUCACUUAUGAAUAACAAUGCUGUGCCAGGAGGCAUGCCACCAAGAGUAGGUCCUCCAGGAUUGCCACCAGUACCACCGCCUGGAAUGCCACAAAUGAAUCAUCACAAUGGGCCUCCCGGUCCGCCAAGACCUGCGGGUCCGCCAGGGCCACCACCUUGUCCACCUAGGCCACCACCUAACAGAUUUAUGCCACCCAAUAUGAACGGAUCGUUUGGUGGAGGACCGCCGCAACCGCUAAUGUCAGCACCGAUGAAUAUGCCACCACGUCAACCAAUAAGUCAACCGCCAGGGGCGCCUGGACAGUGGAACCGCCCUUCCCGACCGCCUUUUUAAUAUUUUUUGUGCGUUUGGCUCAGUUUGACAUAACACGGUUUCAAUUCUUUGUCAUCGUAUACUUUUGUGAUCGCGAUGUGAUGCGAUACGAAGAUUGAUAUUACUUUUCAUCAAACUUUUUCUGCUCCUUAUUGUAUAAUACGUUAUCUUUGGAAGUACUGGUUUUAAAAUA